AGUGGUGUUUUUUUUAUGAAAUAUUCCGGUGUAAUUCAAAGUUGAGGUGAAAAUUUAGUGAAAAAAAUCUGAAAUGGAUAAGAAAAAAAGAAAACUACUGACAGAGAAAAGUCUAAGCGUAAUAGUUGAGAACAUGAGUGACUUAUCUGAUUUAUCCGACUACGAUUCUGAGGACGAUCCUUGUUAUGAGAAUAGCAUCCAUUCUCCCUCUUCGAGCAUCUUAAAUCAACCAGAUGAUUGCCUAAUAGAACGUCGUCUUGAACAAAUUUUUGGCCUCGAAGAUAAUUUAGAUGAGCAUACUGUAGAAGUCGAGCCAAUGCAUGCAGCACAUACAGAUUUAUUGUCAGUUUUAGAUGACCAACCUACAACGGCAACAAAAGACAUAGUCAGCAAUGCUAAUUCAAUAAAUUCUCUUUCUGAGCAAGAUACUUCUAAUAAUCCACUUCAAGUUACUAAGAACUAUACACUUAGGAACCAGAUAGUAGAUAUUCCGUAGAACAGACAAUAGAUAUUCCAGAAACAAUUUCUUCUAACAAUCCAGCUCCUGAGCAUUCAAAGAUCAGAUAACAUUUUUUUGGAAGAUAUUGAUAUAAACGAGAUAUUAGAAAAUGACCAGCAAGAGCCUCAACUUCACAGUGUUCGGGACCGAUCCCAACCAAGAGAUUGGAAGAUAAAAGGCUUAACCUAUGAUGUUCCAAUUUUUUUUGAAAAGCGUUUUAAGCCCAAGGCCUAUGCCUCACACAAAACACAACCACUUGCUGUUUUUGAAAGAUUUUUUCCUGAUAAAUUAAUUCUAAUUAUAACGGAAUAAACCAACAGAUAUGCGUGUCAAAAAAAUUGUACUAAUUGGAAACCAGUCAGAGAACAAGAUAUCAGAGCAUAUCUAGGAAUUUUGAUCAUGAUGGGUUUAAAUCCUUUUUUCCUGACUUAGAGUUAUAUUGGUCUUCAGAUCCUUUUUAUUAUAACAAAGAAAUAGCGGAUGUUUUUCCAAUAGUCAGAUUUAAAAAAAUUACUGAAAAUUUGCACUGUAACUAUAAUGAAACGGAACCACUAAGAGGCUCCACAGACUACGACAAAUUAUACAAAGUAAGGCCACUUAUUACAGAACUGAAUAAGGUAUAUCAGAGUGAAGCAUGUAAUUCAGUUAUACAAUCAAUCGACGAAUGCAUGGUAAAAUUUAAAGGAAGAAGCUCUUUUCGACAAUACAUGCCCAAGAAACCCAUAAAAAGGAGCUUCAAAAUUUGGGCUAGCUGUGACGCAAAAACAGGAUUCUUGUAUCAAUUUGAAAUUUACACAGGUAAAGACGACAGUACUGAAAACGAGGGACUGGGCUACAAUGUCGUAAUGAGAGUCUGUAACAAUGUGCCGUCAAAUACGUUGGUUGCUUUUGAUAAUUUUUUUACGGGUUGUAAUCUAAUGGAAGACCUUUUUGACAAAAACACUUAUGCAGUAGGAACAGUGAGAAGCAACAGAAAAGAUCUUCCCGAUGUUCUAAAAAAUAAAAAGCAACCAAAAGCAAUGAAAUUAGCAAAACAUGAAUUUGUAAGUGUUACAGCAGAGCCAAUAACUGCCAUUAAGUGGAUGGAUACUAAAGAAGUAACAGUGCUUUCAACGGCACAUCAACCGCGGGACGUAAUGAUGGUCAAAAGGACCCAAAAAGAUGGCUCGAGAAAAGAAGUUCUUUGUCCAAAGGCUAUUGCGUCAUAUACCCUUAGCAUGGGCGGGGUAGAUUUAUUUGAUCACUUUAGAUCGUCAUAUCCCAUAAGCCGAAAAUCCCGUAAAUAUUGGAUGCGACUUCUCUUCUUCAUCAUCGCUUCAAUUAUAAAUGCCUAUAUAAGUUACAACGACUCGCAUGUUGCAACAAUACACUGUCAUCGAGAUUUCAGGUUGCGUUUGGCGCGUGCAUUAAUAGACAAUUAUACCACAAGAAAGGGACACGCACAGCAAGGCAUACAGUUUAAAAAUAAAAAGGUGGUGUCUUUGGAGUUCCAGAAGAAAUACGAUUAUUAAACGUAGGCAUACAUUUGCCAGAAGAAAUUAGUACGUACAAAAGAUGCAAAUUUUGUAGUCUUAAAAAGAAAGAGCAAAGAACUAAAAUACAAUGUACCACUUGCAAAGUAUCUCUGUGUGCUAAGACGUGCUUCAAAAAUGAUCAUACUGCUGUUCCAGGUCAAGAAUCAAACUCCAAUAACUAAAUUGAACUAAAUGUAUUACUUUAAUGUAAGAUUAAAAAGUGAGAUUUUUUAUACUAAAACAUUACAUUGUAUGAGAGUGAGAUUUUUGAUAUUAAAACAUUAUUUAUGCUUGUCU